AUGUCGACGCUCACAAGUGUUGCUAGACUGAUAACUUUUUUAUUUAUAUUGUUUCAAAAAACAGAGUGCACCGAUUGCAAAAUAAACACCAUUUCUGACGUUUCCAAGAAUUGCACAGUGGUUUAUGGCGACAUAAUCGUCAAUUCCACAUUCAAUUAUACUUUCCCAUUUUUAUCGGAAAAACUUUCAAACAUUGAAAAAGUUAUUGGGCGCGUGAUUCUCAAGGACACAGCGUUCAAGAAUUUGUCAUUUUUAUCAUCAUUGGAGAGCAUUUAUUACAAACCUGAACAAGAUUUCAGGAAUACCGCUUUACAAAAUUGCCUUUCCAUUCGGAAUAAUUUACUGUUAGAAGAUUUGGGAAUGAUUAAGCUCGUAAAUUUUACUCUGGAAUCUAUUCCGACCGAUUGGCAGUUUUAUUCAGUCUACAUUUCUGAAAACCCAAAACUUUGCAUUUCAUUAGAACAGUCUGAAAAGUGGCUUUUGUCUGACAGAGUAUACUUUCCACCAAUGAUAUAUUGUGGAAUUAACGUUCUAGAGACCAAUUCAAAUUUUAUCAAAUUUAAAGUUUUGAACGGUACUAAAAUAUUUUGUAGUACAUCUAGCCCCAAAGCAUAUUUUUAUGAUCUCAUGCCUCUUGGCUGUCAAGUAUUUGAAGUUGGCAUUUGGAUAAAAGACAAUUCAAAUGAAACUGAACUUAAUCGUUUCUAUACCGCUUUAGAAAGCGUUGAAACUGUUUUAGGGUCCAUAGCCAUACGAAAUACCACUUUGAAAUCAUUGAACUUCAAGAAUUUGGUUAAAAUAUAUAACAAGCAUUACGAUGAUCCAGAAUACUAUGGUGGACGCGGAACACAAGCGAUUAAUAUACAAAAUAAUGUAAAACUUACCGAUAUUCAAUUUCCAAAACUCUCAAUUAUUCAUCAUUUCGGUAAAACUCCGUUUGUUGUAGCCACUGGAAAUCCAUUAUUUGCAUGCACCCCAAAAACUUGUAAUGUGUUCAUGAAACUUUUCCGUUUCAAAGUUGAAGAAUGUGGAUGUGGGAUUGUUCCAAAAUUUAACGAAGGUAGUAAGAAGUCGGAUAUAAUGAUGUUAAUAAUCGACUCUGUCACAUGUGCACUUAUAACUACAUUAGUUUAUGGAAGGCUGUUGCUGCGAAUAUGGGAUCCUGAGUUUUCGGUAAGCUACUUCCAGCUCUCAAUGACUGCAUAUUUAUGUAUAUGUGCUAUCGAAGCAUUGUAUUCAGUAACCAAUAACAUACAGUUUCACGAUGGACUCGACUAUUCAUGGUUUGUUGGGUUGCAAUUUCUAUUUAUUUCUAAUAAUGAAAAUUAUUAUUUUCAAACUAUAAAUAUCAUCUACGCCAAUAGAAUUUCCCUUCUUUUGUCGUGUUGCCUAUAUCGAACUAUUGCAUUUGUCAGGUUUGACUAUGGAAAAGGCGCAAUGUGUAUAUCAUUUUUGGUUUUUAUUUUUUCGAAUAUUUGGAGUUUUUAUGGUCUUCUGGAAACAAACACUGACGAUAUUAUUGUGCAAGGAAUUAAAUUUUCUUAUGGAAUUUAUCUACUUAACUGGAUAACACUAGCGGUUUCAACGUCGACAAUGCUGUUCCUCUACAUUUAUCUGCGCAAAAACUUUCAGGGCUACCCAGCUAUGGUUUCCCAUCAGAACAGACUUUCCGUUGCGUUUUUGUUGCAAGCAUUGCUAACAUUUGUUUUUUGUGGAUUUCCGGAUUCAAUUUUUGAAAGCUGGUACCGAGAUAUGAAGCAUCUUGAAAUUGUGAGAGCACGAAGGGUUUUUGCAUACUAUUACAGCAGUACUAUCACACGUUGGCAUUAUUUGGCAUAUGCGAUAAUUUUAAGUAUUUUUACUCGUGAUAUGCUUUCUAGAAUUGAAAUUCGUGUGGCUUCUGUGACUUCAACCUUAAAAUCAACUCCAAUUACAAUUUCACGUGGUGUACUUAAGAAAUAAUCAUAUAAUAUUGGCCUUUUCUUUUUUUGGUCUGUCAUUAUGACACGGGUACAAUAUAUGAAUAAACAGAAUUUAUGGUAUUUUCAGCUUAGUGCUGAAAACAAAAUAAUUAUAAGUUUGCCGUACUCAAAAAUUGACGAUGAUACUAUCAACUGCCGUUUUUCUUUUUUCGUUGGAAUUAUUUCCAAGCGGUCACUGUACGGACUGUACACUCAUUUUCCCAAUUUCACUUCUCUCUAAUAACUGUACUUCGAUGUCCGGAGAUAUUGUUAUAGACGGAAAAAACACAACUACUUUGCUUGAAAAUCAUCUUCAAUAUCCGACUCUUUUGCAAAAGUUUUCAAAAGUUGAAAAAUGGAGCGAAUCAAUUAGAGUUAUCCAUACAGAUUUUAAAGAUUUUGCGUUUUUUAAAUCACUUGCCAGUGUUGAAACUUCAUUUCCUAAUACUAUUUUUGAUGAAAGUAACAUCAAUAGUGUAAUGGGCUACGCCACGUUAUGGAUUGAGUCUAAUCCAAAUGUAACUAAUCUUGGUAUGCCAAAUUUGAAAUCCGUAAUAGCAGAUGUUUUGCCAACUGUGAGAAUUGUAUAUGGACUUUAUAUUCAAGAAAAUACUGAAUUAUGUCUGUCAGAAGAAGAAUUUUGGAAGUUGAGAAAUUUUCAGAGAUCUUUUUUAUUUGGCAUGAAAAUUUGUGGACCUGUUACAAAACAUUAUUGUUCGCAAAGUUCUUUCCAAUAUUUUGAUAUGCCACUUGGAUGCCAGAUACUUCUUUCCGGGAUUUGGCUAAGAGAUUUGACGAACACAACAUACCAAUCCCACCUGAAUCAGGCAUUCUCCACGGUUGAAGAAGUACACGGCCCCAUUGUAGUAUUCCGUACAGACUUAACCAACUUAUCCUUCCCAAAUCUUCACACUAUUCGAAGCCAGUUCUAUGAUGGGCAAAAUGAUUGGCAAUGGCAAGUGUUGAUAAUACGAGGAAAUUAUUUCCUAACAUCGGUUGAAUUUUCAAAACUGAAAAACUGGUACCAUUUUGGAAGAGAGCCGCAACUGACAAACUCCGCAAACUAUAUUUGGAAUUAUACACCAGAGAAUUGCAAAUUAUUCCUGAAAAUACCAUUUUUCUUCAUAAAAGACACAUACAGCAAUUGUGGUAUAAUACCAAUUAUUAAUGACGGCAUUUUAACUCCAUGGCUUUUUGUCCAGUAUUUAGAGAAAGCAUUUUCUUUUUCUACAAACUUUAUUUUGUGUUUAUAUCUUUCUGUGCGACUUUUCAAGAGCAACGUUCUGUGAACUUUUUCCACUUUGAAAUUGUCACACUCAUACUUCUUACAAUGUCAGAAAAUCUGUUUGUAAAUAUCGAUUAUAUUCACAUAUUCGAUGAUAAUGGAUUUGCGAUUCCUUUUGGUUUGAGGUCAAUUUUUCUAAAUAGGGACAAUGCACUUUUUAAUCAAAUUUCCAAUGUUAUGUAUGCGAAUCGUCUCGCUUUACUUAUGUCGUGCUCUUUAUAUCGUCCAUUUUAUUUGACAAAUCUCAAUUACGAAAAAUACGCAUUGUUAGUGUCUUGUAUGGUAUUUGUUGUUUCUAAUGUUUGGAACCUGUCAGUCAUGGAAACCUUGCAAAAUAACUUUGCCUAUGUGUUGUUUCAAAUGAACUGGUUAACAUUAAUUGUGACCCCAGUCUCUGGAAUAGCUGUGAAAAUGAUUUUGAGAAAGACAUAUUCCACGUAUAAUGAGCUAGCGGUACAUCAUAAUCGAUUGUCAUUUGGUUUAUUUCUUCAGGCAUUGUGGAACUUCAUUAUUUGUGGUUACUCGGAUGGUCUGAAUCAAAUGUUACUCAAAGUAUCUCCUUGGCUAGAACUUGUUCGGCAAUGGGAAAAGUUUUUUUACUGGUAUGGCGGCAUUAUGAUGAGAUGGCACUACUCAAUGUUGAUCAUCAUUAUGAUAGUCUACCUGCGGAGCACCUUUGUCAAAUUCCCUAUCAAGACAACCAUAACAUCUGUUGGAAGUUCUUCAAGAGCUAUUCUAAAUUGAAA